GUUCUAGGCCGCAAGAUGCAUCAUCAUAAGGAAUGAAUCUCCAUGGAUCACUGGACAGGAUUCAAGGAAGAAAGGACAAACAUUCAGCAACUAACAACAAACGAGCAAGAGCAGAUAAAUUCAAGGCACAAGCUGAAUACACAGAAUCAAACAAGCAAGUGAAAAGGAUCACUAGAGAUGACAAGCAGAAAUACAUGGAAGAACUAGCGACGACAAUGGAAAAAGCUGCAAGAGAAGGAAAUAUGGAACAGCUAUAUGAUACAACGAAGAAACUAGCAAGGAGAUAUAAUAAACCAGAGAAACCGGUCAAGAACAAGGAAGGAACGACAAUCACGGCGAUUCAAGAACAGGGGAACUGAUGGGUAGGAUACCUCGACGAACUGUUGAGUAGAACAGCUCCAUUGAAGCAGUACACAUAGACUUUCCUAUAGAUGUCACUUCACCAACGAUUGAAGAAAUCAGGAUGGUCAUCAGAUAAAUCAAGAGUGGGAAGACAACACGACCUGACAAUAUACCACCUGAAGCACCGAAGUCAAACAUAGAAGCAACUGCGAACAUGCUUCACAGUCUAUUCAGGAAGAUUUGGAAGUGAGAACAAGUGACGAUAGACUGAAAAGAAGAAUAC